ACGCCGGGCUGUGUCCCCACCCCCAGCCCAACCUUCGCCCUGUCCCCGUUCCGGGUGCCAAAGUGCAUCCCCAACGAGUGGGGACCAUGGUGGCCACCUGGGUGCUGGGUCCCCUGGGUGCCCUGCUCCUCGCCCUGCUGUUGGGGUGGCUGCAGGGCGCGGUGGCUGCUGUCACCCGCUUCCGGGCUGCUUGUCACCAUCUGCACCACUUCCCCCGGCCACCCUGGCGCAACUGGCUGCUGGGUCACACCGGCAUGGGGAAGAACACAGAGGAAGGACUGCAGGACGUGGACCAGCUGGUGGCACGCUACCGCCACGGCUGCCUCUGGUGGGUGUCACCGUGGCUGCCCGUCCUCCGCCUCUUCCACCCCGACACCCUCCGCCCCGUGCUCCUGGCCUCAGCCUUCAUUGCUCCUAAGGACAAACUCUUCUACGGCUUCCUCAAGCCCUGGCUGGGGGACGGGCUGCUGCUGAGCCACGGGGACAAAUGGGCCCGGCACCGGCGCCUGCUGACUCCCGCCUUCCACUUCGACAUCCUCAAGUCCUACGUGAGCAUCUUCAACAGCAGCACCCACAUCAUGCACGCCAAGUGGCGGGCGGCGGCGGAGGCGGCGGGGGGCGCGGUGGAGCUGAACGUGCUGGAGCACCUCAGCCUCCUUACCCUCGACAGCCUCCAGAAGUGCAUCUUCAGCCACGACAGCCACUGCCAGGAGCAGCCCAGCGAGUACAUCAAAGCCAUCCUGGAGCUCAGCACCUUGGUGGUGCGGCGCCAUCACCGGCUGCUCCAUCACCCGUCGUGGCUCUACCGCCUCUCGGCCGACGGGCGCCGCUUCGCCCGCGCCUGCACCACCGUGCACAACUUCACUGCCAACGUGGUGCAGCGCCGGCGCCAAGCCCUCAACCGCCUUGGCCACCAGGCCUGGCUGGAGAGCCACCAGGGAAGGAGCAUGGACUUCAUCGACCUCCUGCUGCUCACGAAGGACGAGGACGGCAACACCCUGUCAGACGAGGACAUCUCGGCCGAGGCUGACACCUUCAUGUUCGAGGGGCACGACACGACGGCCAGCGGCCUGGCAUGGCUGCUCUACAACCUGGCCCACCACCCUGACUACCAGGAGCGGUGCCGCCAGGAGGCCUGCGAGCUCCUCAAGGGCAGGGACGUGGUGGAGGUCGAGUGGGAGGACCUGUCCUGCCUGCCCUUCACCACCAUGUGCAUCAAGGAGAGCCUCCGCCUGCACCCCCCGGUCACUGCCGUGUCCCGGCGCUGCACCGAGGACAUCACCAUGCGUGACGGGCGCGUCAUCCCCAAGGGGGUCAUCUGCCUGAUGAGCAUCUACGGGACCCACCACAACCCCGACAUCUGGCCCGAGCCCCAGGUCUACAACCCACUGCGGUUCAGCCCAGAGAACAGCCAGGGACGGUCCCCGCUGGCCUUCAUCCCCUUCUCCGCCGGGCCCAGGAACUGCAUCGGGCAGAGCUUCGCCAUGGCCGAGCUGCGCGUGGUGGCGGCGCUGACGCUGGCGCGCUUCGCCGUGAGGCCGGACGAGGGGAGGCCGGUGCGCCGCAAGACCGAGCUCAUCCUCCGCGCCGAGGACGGCCUCUGGCUGCGGCUGGAGCCUCUGCCGGAGGAGGCCUGAGGAACGGGGACAUGGGGACACGGGGACAACCCAGGUGGCGGCUGUCCGGCCCGAGCAGCUAAUAAACGGUGGCACGGCGGGGA